AGAGACAGUGCUGGAGGCAUUACAGUGUUAGCUUCGGUCUUGUGGAUGAGUUUACAGUCGGUCCCAGCAGCGAAAAAGAAGAAAAGAAACUUUGAUCACUGCUGGAGCAUAGGCAUGUUGCAUCGCAUUUAGGACGUUUCUCGGUUUGUUUUAAGUUGAAGUUUCCUUCUCUUUAAGAAAUCGCCGGUUUGACCUAAAAUGUUGAGUUUUUGCAUCGGUGGAUUUAAUUGAUUUCCCAUGUAAAUUCAGAGCUUGACAACUGUAAGAUCUGUGUGCAGCUAUCGCAAUUUCCGGAUUUUAAGUGCCGUACAACGACGGACAAACAAGAGUGUCGGAACGGAAUUUUUCAUAUUGCUGUUCUGUCAGUAGUUUGUUAAUUGGAGUGGAAAAUGAAGCUACGCAGGUAACCAGGGUGCAGGCUUUACUGACUAAGGGGAAGUUCAGUGCUGCAGUGAAGUUCAGUGAGCCCAGUUCCUGAUGAUGACUGUAAACAUGGGUCCCACCACACAGAGGACUUCCUCACUCACACACACACAAGCUGAAGACAGUUUCCCCGUUGGACCUGGGCAUCACAGGAACAUGCAAGAUGACGAGGAAGCCCUCAACUCCAUUAUGAAAGACCUGGCUGCCUUGGGUCGAUGUUGUGCACAUCUUAACAGCAAUAAAACAAAAAACAACUCGUUGUCCUUCAGACAGGACAUACGGAUCAAGUUAGAACACGAAAGAGAAAAAAGGAUUCUUCAGUUUCGAAGACCAUUGAAGUUUAUGGAGCUCACACAGAAAGUCACAGAUGCCUUUGGACAACAGAUGGAUUUGUACUACCCUGAUAAAGAGCUUCUCCUUCUGCUGAAAUGCCAGGAGGAUUUAGACAAGGCUAUGCUGUGCUUGGACCGUAGCCCGUCAAUGAAGAGCUUGAGAGUAUUAGUCAAGACUCCAAAAAACCAUUUUUUACAGGUUAAUAGCAAAGCAGACAAACAGUCAGAGAUGAGAAUGUCCAAGUCCAUGGGAGACCUGAAAGGUUCUCCAUACAAAAGCUCGGAGAGAGUGCGCAAACACUCCACAGGGUCUCUGCAACCUGGGAGGAGCUCCCCUCCACCAGGCAGCGUCCCAGAGGAGCAGCAGCAGAUCGCCCGGCAGGGCUCCUACACCAGCAUCAACAGUGAGGGAGAGUUCAUCCCUGAGAUCGUGGAACAGACCAUCCUGGAACCCUUUGGAAGUGCUGAGGAUUCUCUGUCAGACAGCUGUAAGUCAUUAGACAGCCCUCCGUACUCACAGUCGGUGUCCAACAGAGAGAAGAGUUACAUGAACCACAGUUAUGAAUAUGCAGGUAACAGAUAUGGCAAAGGUGGCACCUUUCCAAGACAGUUUCACCUGCCCCGUCAGCAGAAGGAUUACAACGAUGGGCGCAGGACCUUCCCCCGCAGUUUCAUGCCCCCGGAGAACCCUUUCCCGCUGGCGUCCUCCAGCAGGACCCGCAGCUUCAAUGGGGACAGCGCAGCGUCCACCCUGCAGUACCACGACCUCAGGACCAUCACCUGGAGCCCAGACAAGACCGGCCAGAUCUCUGCCCCCUCCAAGUCCCCUCUUGCGCCAGUGAACUGGAGGCUUGGGAAACUCCUGGGUCGGGGAGCAUUUGGAGAAGUGUACCUCUGCUAUGACGUGGACACAGGGAGAGAGCUGGCAGUCAAACAGGUGCCCUUUGACCCGGAGUGUCAGGAUACCAGCAAGGAAGUGAAUGCCUUGGAGUGUGAGAUUCAAUUGCUAAAGAACCUUCGCCAUGACAGGAUUGUGCAGUAUUAUGGCUGCUUGCGAGACCCGGAGGAAAGAAAACUGUCCAUUUUUGUUGAAUUCAUGGCAGGGGGUUCAAUAAAGGACCAGUUGAAAGCCUACGGAGCUCUGACAGAGAAUGUAACCCGUAAAUAUACUAGGCAGAUCCUUCAGGGAGUCUUCUACCUUCACAGCAACAUGAUUGUACACAGGGACAUUAAAGGGGCUAACAUUUUAAGAGAUUCUUCUGGGAAUGUGAAGCUGGGUGACUUUGGUGCAAGCAAGCGAAUACAGACAAUCUGUAUGUCAGGCACUGGAAUCAAAUCGGUGACUGGGACACCUUACUGGAUGAGCCCAGAAGUUAUCAGCGGAGAAGGUUAUGGCAGGAAAGCUGAUGUUUGGAGCGUGGCUUGCACUGUGGUGGAAAUGCUGACUCAGAAGCCGCCCUGGGCAGAGUAUGAAGCCAUGGCUGCCAUCUUCAAAAUUGCCACCCAGCCAACCAAGCCGGCGCUGCCCGACGGCGUGUCGGACUCCUGCAGGGACUUCCUCAGGCAGGUGUUUGUCGAGGAGAAGCGGCGCCCCACAGCCGAGGAGCUGCUGAGCCACCCGUUCGUGCAGGGCAGCUUCUAGAGCAGCCUCCAGUGGCAGAUCCCAGUAACCUGUGCACUUUAGCUGCACCUCUGUCGUGCAGUAUGGCUGAACUCAUCACCCGUUGUCUUCUCCUGGGAGACCAAGAAUGUUAAAGAAAACCUCCAGUUAACCAGAUUAUUUACAUGGACCAACGCUUUGCACUACGCUGUGUUUACUCCCUGCUACAAGGAUGAAAUGGUGAUACCCACUGGCAAAGAGCACUCCAAAAACCACACAGUCGUCAUCAGCAGGAGCAGGUGACCAUGGGAUGUACAAUGGCAGAACUGAGGUUUACACUACUCAGCCGUCCCACCAAACAGGCCUGGUCUGACCGUGGAGUUAAUGCAUCCAGUCUGGCCUUCAAUACAGAGUACUGGUGGCAUUCUGCUAGUGGUGACAAUGUCUUCACGCUGGGUUCAUUCCUGAAUUGUCAAAAUGAUUGUAUUUGUCUAGCUAUGGACAGAAAGUAUUAAUCAUCAUGGUCAACAGUGUAAUGAUUUUUUUAAAUGCCUUGUUUCAUAAGACCUACAUAAUUCCUGAGUGGCAUAAAAAAAGGAGAGAAUAAUAGAGAUUUUUUUUUUUUACACCCACUGAUGGGGGAAAAAAGUGUGUCCAGUAGCACCUUAGAAGUGUUUCAUUAAAAAUACAUUGUAUUAAUCUUGAAUAGGAUUUUUAUUCUGCAUAGGGGAUAGCUCAACUUUAUCAAACUUCGAAAACGAUCAAAUGAAACAAAAUGCGUUUUUUUUCAUAUUUCUCAGUCUGCUCGGGAACUUGUGUUUAUAUUCUACUAUUGUAUUAUUUAAAGUAUUUUUCCCCCAGGUGUUGGGGGGGAAAUCAAAGCCUUUUUGAUGAACAGAAUUUGUACCCUAGCAAGCACAGUCAUUAUAUUUGUGGCACUUUUUGUACUUUAUAUUUGUAGGGAACAAGAAUUUAGAAUAAUUAAUUAAAUAAAUGUAUUUUACAAUAGAAAAAAAAGCAUUUCUAAAUAAAUAUUUUUUCAAUGUAUUUUAAUGUUUCCAUACCAACCGUACACUUUGCAUUGUUUCAGUUGGUUUGAUAAACAAGCAAUAUUAUGAUAUAGAGAUUUGCUGUUCAUGUUGUUGUUGAACACCAUUUUUAUCAUUAUGAUAUCAUGAUUAUGAGCUAAAGCAAGUGCAGCUGAUAUAUACAGUACAGUGUUGUAAAACUGACUGCCUUUCAGCUAUGAAGGAACUCCCUUGAUUUUUUAAAAACAAAUCUUUAAAAAAAAAACAGAUGUAGCUGAAUCUGUGAGAAUAAUAAGAUUUAAGUAAAUACAAAUAUCAGUGUGAUAAUUAUAAAAACAAUUCCUUCCAUUUAUGUGACACUUAAUCUCAGUGGAAAUAGAUAUAUAGUUUACUUCUCAUAUGGUGCUUUACAUUCACUUUAUCCACAACAGAAGUCUGACACCCACCCGGGUGAUAAACAGAAAUUGCUUAAUCUAAAACAGCAGGCUGUAACCCUUGCUCUGAAGCCAUAUCACUGCAUUCUUUAUUAGGAAGAUUGAAAUUCUCUGGGAUGUGGCUGUUUCUCUUGAGAAAAUACUUCAGUUUAGUAAAUACCCUGCUGUAUAAAUCAGACUUUAGGUUGGCUUCAGAAAUGAGAAUUAGUCAUCAAUUAACCUAUUGGUAAAAUAAAGGAAUAUAAAAACAACCGUGAUUAAGUAAGUGUACGGUGCUCAGAUGUGCUUGUGAAUCCAUUUGAAGCUAACCUCUGCAGGUUACAGGCUGGUUUAUAAGAAUGAAUCAAAACGACUUUGAACCUCUUGAGUAUUUUUAUUGUGGUCGAGCAUAUUUUCAUGGCACAGUCCUGAUGAUAUGAUUAGGAGUUUUAGUACGUUUAUUAUCAUUAUUCAGAACUGAACUUUGUAGAAUGUGGGAAGCAUAGAUAAUGUAGAUUUUUUUUAUAAUGCAUGAAUUCAACAAUCUCUCAGUCCUCUUGUUUUGAGGUUGAGGUUAUUAAGAAGCCAUGUCAAUUGAUUGUUUUGCAGAUUUUCCCAAGUUCCAAAAUCAUUUUGUUACAAGCUACACCAUGACUGGAUCAUAUAUAUACUGAAUCGAAGGAAACUGUAAAAAAAACAAUAAAUCAGCUUGACAAUAAGUGUUCCAAGUAUUUGUUAAAGUAACACUAGUCCUGAGCUUAUUUUUGGAAUUUACCUCUGUUGAAACAAUAAAAAAUGAUAUGUUCAGAGAAACCACAUUUGUUCACCACUCUGUUCAUAAUGUAGAACUGGUAGAAGUUCUCAGCCUGUCAAAUAUGAUUUGUAAAGAAAGCUACAGAAUAUUUUUUAGACAAAAGAGGUAAUAAUGCACUUUUGUGUUUUUGUGACCUGAAACAAACAAACAUGCAUUCCAUUUCAGAAUCCAAAGUAUAAAAAUAACCAUUUUAUUUUGUACAUCGAGCAGGUUUCACAUGACUCAACUAUUUUUUUAAUGAUUGUAUAUUUCAAUACAUAUUGUACUGCACUUUUAUUUUAAAAAGAGAAAUAGAAUAUGUUAAGAGUAUGAUCUGCCAAAUGUAAACAUGAGAAUCAAGCCAACAGUUUGUAAACACGCAGUGGUUCAUAGUUCUCAUGAAUUAAACUGUAGUGCAUACUGGUUAUCGUACAGGUUAUGAAUGAGGCCAUGUCUGAAGAUCAGAGGCCUUUAUGAAAAAAUCUGGGAAUAUUGUGUAAUUAAUUAUUGUACAUUUAAGAGCAUAAAUUAAACAUUUUUAAGACUA